AUGGAUGAUAAUAGCAUGCAAGAGAGUCUGCUGAGCUCUGAAGCAGAACAUGAGGGUGAUUUGAAGGCAAGAGUGCUUGAAGAAUCCAAGAAGAUAUGGAGAGUUGCGACGCCGGGUGUUAUUUCGAGAGUAGCUUCAUUUGGAACCAUCGUUGUGACGCAGUCGUUUAUCGGGCACAUAAAUUCACUGGACCUUGCUGGUUAUGCACUUGUCCAGACCUUAAGCGUGCGGUUUGUGAACGGGAUACUGAUUGGAAUGUCGAGUGCAACGGAAACACUUUGUGGCCAAGCAUUUGGGGCAAGACAGUACCACAUGAUGGGCAUUCACCUACAAAGAUCAUGGUUCAUUGAUCUCAUCACACUAACUCUUCUACUUCCUGUUUUCCUCUUUGCCACACCAAUCUUUAACCUACUCGGUGAGGAAGAAGCCAUCGCAAAGUCCGCUGGAUACAUUUCUUUGUGGUUCAUUCCCUUUGUCUAUGGCUUGAUUUUCAGCUUGACGAUACAAAUGUAUUUACAAGCACAGCAGAAGAACAUGAUCAUUGCAUGGCUGUCGGCUCUCCAAUUCGUAAUCCACAUUCUAUUAUCAUAUCUUUUCGUAGACGUUCUUGAUUUUGGAGUUGCUGGUGCCAUGGGUGCACUAUGCACAUCUUCGUGGUUCGUUGUGCUUGGAGAAUUCAUGUACAUCUUCGGCGGGUGGUGCUCCGAUACAUGGAAAGGGUUCAGUGUAGCUGCCGUGCAGGACAUGUUGCCCGCCGUGAAACUAUCGAUGUCAUCUGGUGUGAUGAUCUGCUUGGAAUUAUGGUACUAUGCAAUUCUGGUCUUACUGGCUGGAUACAUGAAAAAUGCAGAGGUAGCCAUAUCUGCAUUCUCUAUUUGCCUUAACAUCAGUGGUUGGAUGAUUAAUAGCAUCUUUGGCAUUAUGGGCGCUGCAUGCGUGAGAAUCGCGAACGAGCUAGGCAGAGGAGACGCCAAGGCUGCAAAGUUUUCGAUCAGAGUCUUGAUGAGCACUUCAGUUGCUAUAGCGCUGUUUUUUUGGAUUCUUUGCAUGGCUUUUAGCAACAAACUUGGAUAUCUGUUCACAAACGAGGAGGAAGUCGCGCAGACCGUGUCUGAUCUCUCUCUUCUACUUGCGUUUACUGUGUUACUCGGUUGCAUUUUUCCUGUGCUGUCAGGUAUUGCCGUAGGAGCAGGUCUGCAGACGAAAGUCGCGCUUAUCAACUUAAUUUGUUUUUAUGUGAUUGGACUGCCUAUGGGAACUGUGCUUGGAUAUGCGAUCCAUCUUCAAGUGGAGGGUAUAUGGCUUGGAAUGAACACUGGAGUUGUGGCUCAGACACUUUCACUUAGCUUCAUGGUGUGGAGAACAAAUUGGGAUGAAGAGGUAUCCAAAACAUCAGCACGGCUGAAAAAGUGGUACUUGAGAUCCUCAGAGGAGAACAAUCAUGCCUGAGCUGAGAAAAACAAAGUCCAAGAAGUGAUUUGAUUUUUUCCUCAGAUUCAUAACUUGUAAGUUUACAACUUCGGAGUAAUGUGUAUCUCAAAGACGAGAAAAGGAAAUUACAUUUAUACCUAUAGAAGUUUGGCGCAAUUACAAAUAUUCCCUC